CCUUUGUACCAGAGAAGACUGUUGGUCGGAUUGGAUUUUUCUGAGAAUUCUUUCUAUCCCCUAUUGGUGUUUUGCACUGCGCCUGUCUGCUUGCUGAGGGCCGCCAUCGUGAUUGUUAUUGUCGUCGCAGCUAUCAGCUGAGUCACCAUGUCUGAUCUGACGCCCCAGAGCGAGGUCCCCACCCCCACUACUGACAAAAUCACACAGGCUGCCAGAGAGACCAUCUACCUGUGCAACUUCCGUGUGUCGGUGGACGGGGAAUGGCUGUGCCUGCGUGAGCUUAACGACAUCUCGCUCACCCCCGAUCCUGAGCCGGCUCACGAAGACUCAUGGGAGGAUUUCACAGAUUUGGUGGAGCAAAUGCAAAUGCUUGAUGAGUUUAAAGAUCCAAAAGAUCCUAUUGCUAUCGAGAGGCUUAACCUGAUGAACAUGGCCAAGCUGAGCAUCAAGGGCUUGAUAGAGUCUGCAUUAAACCUGGGACGCACACUAGACUCCGACUAUGCCCCUUUGCAGCAGUUUUUUGUCGUCAUGGAGCAUUGCCUAAAACAUGGGCUUAAAAGUAAAAAGACAUUCCUUGGUCAAAAUAAGUCUUUCUGGGGUCCUUUGGAGCUGGUAGAAAAGUUGACCCCGGAGGCUGGGGAGAUCACAGCCAGUGUCAAAGACCUUCCUGGACUCAAAACCCCAUUAGGAAGAGGCAGAGCAUGGCUUCGCCUUGCUUUGAUGCAGAAGAAGCUCUCAGAUUAUAUGAAGACCAUCAUCAACCGAAAAGACCUUCUCGGUGAAUUCUAUGAGUCCAACGCUCUUAUGAUGGAGGAGGAAGGAGCAGUGAUUGCUGGGUUGUUGGUGGGGCUAAAUGUCAUUGAUGCUAACUUGUGUAUGAAGGGAGAAGAUUUAGACUCACAGGUUGGAGUCAUAGAUUUUUCCAUGUAUUUAAAAGAUGGAGCUCACAGCAGCAAAAGUACAGAGGGAGAUGGACAGAUCACAGCUAUUCUUGACCAGAAGAACUACGUGGAAGAACUGAACAGACAUUUAAGUGCGUCAGUGAAUAACCUGCAGGCCAAAGUAGACGCAUUGGAAAAAUCCAACAGUAAACUUUCAGAGGAACUUGCUGUCGCGAACAACAGGAUCAUCACCCUGCAGGAGGAACUGGAGAGAGUGAAGGAGGAAAGCUCUUAUUUAGUGGAGUCGAGUCGCAAGGUAUCAAGAGCAGAGGGUACUGCGAAUGGUCAAGUGCUGGGAGAAACACGCAAACAGCUCAAAGAGGAGACUCAGCUCAGGCUGGAUGUGGAGAAGGAGCUUGAGGUGCAGAUAGGGAUGAAGCAGGAGAUGGAGUUGUCCAUGAAGAUGCUGGAGAAAGACAUCUGCGAGAAACAUGAUGCCCUGGUGGAGCUCAGACAGCAGUUGGAUGACAUGCGUACAAUUAAUCAUGAGCUCUCCGUCAAGUCACAGAGUACAGAGGCCGGUGCAAAACAAAAGAGUGACAUUAUCAGCCGCUUGGAUGAGAAAACCAACCAGAUGGCGAAUGUCAUUAAACAGCUGGAAAACAGAUGUAAGAAGGCAGAACGAGAGAGAGACCUGGCGGAUGAGGCUAAUAGACUCUUCAAGCAGGAGUUCGGGGACAAGAUUGAAAGUCUGCAGCAAGAGGUGGAACAGUUACGAAAGCAAAGAUCAGUUAUGGAGCAGGAACUGAGGAAAUGGAGAGAGCAUCACAGCAACCACAGUCCUGAAGUUUUGUUAGGAAAGACCCCACCACAGAACGAUAUGAGGCAACACGUAGAAGAGAUCAAAAAGGAGUUAGAAAGUGUCAGAAAAGAAAAUGACACACUACGCACUGUGAUUGAGGAAAAGUCAAGUCUUGGUUCAAGUCUGACGCUGUCACAUGAUGACGAACAGGUGCUACAUUUACCUGAUCCAGACAUAGACCCAUCAAUCUGCUCUUUGUGUGAAAACCAGAACUCAUUGACCAUACCCAAGAAGCAAUGCAAGAACUGCAGUGGCGUCUUCUGUGAGAACUGCACAGCUAAUGAACUUCCUCUGCCUUCCUCCAUCAACCCUGAACAUGUGUGUGAUGUCUGCUACUUGCAGUUACUGCAGCAGUAUGCCUCCACCCCACCUUGAGACAUCUGAGACCACAGACUGUUCUGUCAGCACAAAUAACGGGUUAUUAAUCUAAAAAAAGUGCAAUUCACUAUGUAUAUAAUAUAUAAAUACUAAAUAUAUAUACUUUGGAUAACAAGUAUCAACAUCCCAAUUAUACAUUAUCUCAAUAACUUGUUUUGCAUCUAGUGUUUGCCAAAGAUGGAAUGAUUUAAGUAGCUUUGUUUAAAAUUGUUUCAUGAGAGCAUAUCAACAGUGAGGAGAAGUGACUGAAGCUGUCCACCAGGUGGAUUUAUGAAGGUCGUUUAAAUUCUCUUCAUGUGUAAUUCAUGUGUUUUUUUUCAAGUGCCGAUGUAACACUCCUGUUGUGAUUAAAAUUCCUGAUAUAUUUAAACCAAGAGGUUGUAGACAAUGUAUAAUAUUUUUUAGCUUGACGCACAUAUUAAAGAUAAAAACAUAUAUAUUUUUUCAAAGCUCAUAACUGGAAGCUGUGCACAGUUAAGAUCAUAAUUACUCUAAAAUAAUGUCAUUGUGGAAAAAAAUGAAAAUGAAAGGUAGUUUUAUGCUAGCAUCUAAAAAAUUUUAUUAUGUCAUCUGAACAAUAAAUUUUAUUAUAAUGUGGA